AUUUCCAGAUCGAACAACAUGAAUCUCCAGUAAAGUCCAGGGCUGGUUACAAGUGUCUACCAAGAGACAAGACUUGGCCCAGGGGGGGCAGAAUUUAACCUGCUCGCUGUACAUUGUCUCCAACCUGCCUGAAACGGAUAUUGGCCUUGGGUCUGUGAAGAACAGAGGUGCGAGGAAGAAGUGUUCCCCCUGGCCAUGAAUUACUUGGAUAGAUUUUUAGCUGUGAUCCCAACAAGAAAGAGCCAUUUACAACUCCUCGGGGCCGUCUGCAUGUUCUUAGCUUCCAAGCUGAAAGAGACUAUCCCUUUAACCGCAGAGAAACUUUGCAUUUAUACUGACAAUUCUAUCAAACCGCAAGAGCUGCUGGAGUGGGAGCUGGUGGUUCUGGGAAAGUUGAAGUGGAACCUGGCUGCGGUGACGCCACAUGAUUUCAUAGAACACAUACUAAGAAAAUUGCCCUUGCCAAAAGACAAAUUGCUCUUGAUCCGGAAACAUGCACAAACGUUCAUUGCACUUUGUGCCACAGACUUUAACUUUGCAAUGUACCCGCCAUCUAUGAUAGCAACUGGAAGUGUAGGAGCAGCGAUAUGUGGGCUGCAGUUGGAUGAUGGAGAAACCUCUCUUUCUGGCGAUAGUCUCACAGAGCAUUUGGCCAAGAUCACUAGCACAGAUGUGGAUUGCCUUAAAGCUUGUCAGGAGCAGAUCGAGUCGGUGCUGGUGAGAAGCCUCAGACAGACGAGGCAACAGGCACAGCAAAGAAACUCGUCCAAGUCCGUGGAUGAACUGGACCAGGCUAGCACUCCUACAGAUGUGCAGGACAUCAACCUGUGAGGAGUUCCCCCCGCAUCAAAAGAGCCUUUAGAGUUCUUUUAUUUUAUAGAACAAAACAGUUUCUAUCUGUUCCCAAUUAGAGAAAAAAAAAAAAAAAAUUUAAAACUAUUUUAAAUACAAACAAAAACCAAACAAACUGAUUUUGGUGCCUGCAAUGUCCUGUAGAAGGGAAACCCACCAUAUAUCUGAUUGUUGUCCUAUGAUUAUAUUUUGUCCAAUUGUAAAGCUUGCGCUUGUGGUUUUAAAGGAAGAAAAAAACAAAACGCAGGCCCGUUACUAUAAUCGUUAAUGUUAUUAUUUCUCAGUACCUUGUAGUCGCCUUAGAUUUCGGAGAGAAAAUGAGCGUAUAUGCAUUUUCACAAUAAUUAUUCUUUUUAAUUAGAACGCAAAGGCAAUAGACUAAUGGAUUCUAGCCAAGAAAGUAACGAUCCCCCGAAAACGUUUCCACCAUUAUUUCAAGAUUUACUCGGGAUCUACUUUAGAGGUGCUUUUCUGGAUCUCUUCAUUAGUUCUGUUUACUCUUGCUGUGUCUGGUAGCUGCUACCGAAGAAAACAAUGCUUUAUUCUUUUUUUUUUCGCAAGCCUAAGGCAGGUUUUUUUUUCGUUUUGUUUUAAUUCGUUUUGACUAUUUUGUUGUUGUUCGCUUUCCCUGCUUUUCUUUCCAAAUUGUUUUGGUCUCCAAUAUGAAUCGGGGACUAAAAAGAUGAGCUGAGAUUCUACUUUGAUUAACUGUGGACCAAUCCAAAAUAAGGAGUGCAUGUUUAUGGGGUGGGUAAAGCGAAAAUAUACAUAAUUUUAAGUGUUA